UUGAUGGUGGUGAUUCUUUGAAUCUAGAAAGAUUGAAGUCACCAAUAACUCGUAUCAACAUUUUUGAUUUUGAUGGGACAUUAUUUGCAUCACCCAAGCCUAAUCCAAAAUUAUGGAGUAAAACAUUAAUUGGAGUUUUGUUAAACCAAUACACAGAUGGCAAAGGUUGGUAUCAAGAUUCAAGAUCUUUGGAUCUAGGUGAGCCUACAGAGUCAAACAAGUGGAAUGAAUGGUGGAAUAAAGGUCUACUAGACAAUGUCAAAGAAUCAAUGAACGAUCCAAAAUGUUUGACGGUUUUUCUGACAGGUCGUUGUUAUGCAGUUUUUAGUGAGACCAUCACUAAAAUGUUGGAGGAUAUAGGAUUACACUUUGAUGUUUUAGGCUUUAAGCCAAUUCAUAUGGCUCUUGAAUGGAAUCUUGUUUAUAGUCAAAAUAGUGUUAAAAAAUUAGGCAUUGAUUAUUAUAAUUAUAUAAUUAGUCAACCAUGUGAUCUAAAGCCUCCAGCAUCUACAAAAAAAUACAAGUUUCUUUUUAUAGAUAAUCUGCUUAAACAACAUCCAUUAACAGAUUCGAUUCAUAUUUGGGAGGAUAGAUGGGAACAUAUUAAUGCAUUCAAAAAUUUAUUCUCUGAAUAUAAAUCACAGAAUAUCAUUAAAGAAGGAAUUGUUCAUGGGGUUGAAAUUCCAGAAUGUUAUUAUGAUCCUCAUAAGGAAUCUAAAAUAGUAAUGGAUAUAAUUAGAGACAACAAUUUAAAAGUUAGUAAUGGUAUUUUAUCUCGUUAUUCCAAAAAAAUAGAUUUAUUUCGCAGAAUUCAAUUUUUGGGAAUUUUUAUAAUACAUGAUCACAUUAAAUUGCUAUUUGAAAACUUCCCUCCACCUAAAAACAAUGAUAUUAAUAGCAAAAGAAAAAAGAUUGUCACAAUGCAAAUUACUGCCACAGCAAUUGUUUGGAAACAACAUUACUGUCUGAAAGUUGAAAUGGUAGAACCAAACGGACAAUCAAAGUUGGAAAAUGGGUUUUCUCAUAGUGAAUUAUAUAGUGAUUAUGGUAUAGAAAUGGUCAGACUUGCCCAUAAUAAAGGAUCAUCAGAUUAUGAUUACAAUUGUGAUGAUAAUUUUGACUAUUUGACAUACAGAAAAAUUAAAUGGAGACAUAUUCCAGAAAGACAGCAAAUAACUAUUCAAGGUGUUGUUGGAGCAAAAUAUAUU